AUGAAAAAUCUUCAAAGGAAACCAAUACCAGAAAAGGUGGAUUGUACAUCGUGGAUGGACACGGAGCAUCGGGUAAUACUAAAUGUAGGCGGCAUUCGACAUGAAACCUAUACGCAUGUGCUCAAGAAAAUCCCGGCUACAAGAUUAUCCAGGUUAACUCCAAAUUUAGCCAACUACGACCCGGUGCUCAACGAGUAUUUCUUUGAUCGUCAUCCUGGUGUCUUUUCUAUGAUUUUGAACUAUUAUAGGACAGGUAGGUAUUGCAUUAGAUUACGGUAAAG